AUGCCUCCCAAACCAUUCAAACCGUAUGGCACGCCGCCCCAUCUGGACUUAGAAGAAUUCAAAGACAACUUCGACAUAUGGCAUCAGCAGUGGAAGAUAUUUCUCUCCCUCUCCACCAUCAACACGGCGCUGCCUCAGGGUGAACGCCCGGAAUACAUUGCAAACAUUCUCCUGUCCUGUCUCUCGAAGGCGACACUGAAGGCGGUGUUGACAAUGGGUCUAUCCGCGACCGACUUGGUGGAUGCUGACGUCAUUAUUAAGAAACUGGAGGAGCGGUGCAAUGCUGGCCGAAAUUGUCAUGUUUGGCGCCAGCAGUUUGCGUCUCGUGUUCAGCGUGAUUCCGUGUCAGUCGACAAUUGGCUCGGCGACCUUCGAGAUAUUGCUCGCAAGUGCGAGUUCGAAAAGGAUUGCUGCGCUGCCUGCCAGAACACACGUCUGUUGGGACAAAUCGUUUUCGGUGUUUCUGACGACGAUGUGCGUCGCAAGCUUUUGGAGCUCGGCGCUAAGCUGACACUGGACAAAGCCAUCAACAUUAUCCGCACGGCAGAGGCUACGCGUCUACAGUCGUCCAACAUGAAGCAGGGCACCACAGCACCGGUGAAUCAAAUCAAGUCUACUACAGGAAAGCGCCUCAACGACAAACAGGCCCCAUCUCCGAAAGGUCAGUACCGCGGUAAACCAUCUGGUCGUUGGCAUCCGCCCGGUUGUCAUCCAUAUGGUUGCUGGAACUGCGGAUCAGCUUCACGUCAUGCUAAAGAGGAGUGCCCUGCGUUCGGGAAGGAAUGUAAUUCGUGCCACAAGUCGGGUCAUUUCCAGUCCGUGUGCACUCAAGGUAAUUCGUCCCCGAAACCUGAGACGGCUGGCAGUAUUUUGAUUCAGUCCAUCCUUCAAAACGACAUGGUCCAGCUCAGUGUCACCCCCGCCUGCAGCGUCGAAGAGUCGUUCAUUCAGAUGCUUCCGGAUACUGGAGCGUCCAUCGAUGCCAUUCCGGCUUGUUUAUACCGGUGUCAGUUCAAAGACAUUCCGUUAUCUUCUCACGGGCCCAAGGCAAUCACUGCUACAGGAGCUCCAAUAGUGUCACUGGGCCAGUUUCCGGCAUCGUUUGUUUGGGCCGCCAGUUCUGGUGGUCCAGUUGUCACUUCGGUCCACGUUCUUCAAGAUCUACAGCAACCGGUCAUCUCGAAAGCGACACAGAAAAAACUUGGAAUGCUCCCCGCCCAAUACCCUCACGCUUGUGUAUUGGCGGCUAUUACCACUUCCCCAUCGGAUGUUCCAAAGUUGCCAGAUAUCCAAUCGACAUUGAGAGAGUUGAUGAAGGAGGUACCUUCAAUAUUCGACGGUGUUUGCCGGCCCAUGCGCGGCGCACCCUGCCACUUCCAGCUCAAAGACGAUGCUGUCCCCUCAUCCAUCCGUGGUUCGCGCCCUAUUUCCGUUCCGCUGAUGCCGAAGGUCAAACGCGAGUUAGAUGCAUUGGAGAACCAGCAGGUCAUCGCCAAAGUAUCUGAACCGACGGCGUGGGUCCAUCCCAUAGUGAUUGUUCCAAAAGCGGACAACGAAAUCAGGAUCUGCGGUGAUUUCACUUCUCUCAACCGAUGCAUCAUCCGUCCGGUUUUCGAGGCCCCGACUCCCUUUCAGGCGGUCCGCACGAUCCCUCCGGGAAUGAAAUUCUUCACUGUCAUCGACGCUCUCAAAGGCUACCAUCAAGUGGAACUUGACGACGAGUCCAGCCUCAUGACGACCAUUUCAACUCCGUUUGGCCGCUACAAAUACCUUCGCCUGCCUUUUGGUGUGUCUCUCGCCGGUGAUGACUAUGGGCGGCGUCUUGCCGAUGUUUUUGAUGAUUUCCCGAACUGCCGGCGCGUGGUCGAAGACGUUCUGGUCUUUUCUGCCACUUGGGACGAACACGUCAGUCUGGUACGGCGUUUAUUUCAUCUCGCGGCGAAACAUCAAAUAGCCAUCAACGUGAAAAAAAUUGUUUUUGCUCAACCGUCCGUGUUGUUUGGCGGCUACGUCGUCAGUGAGAGUGGUUUCCUGCCCAAUCCUGAUCUUCUCAAGGCCAUUCGUGAGUUCCCAAAACCAACGUGCGUUUCAGAGAUGCGGGCCUUCCACGGCCUCUGUCAACAAGUUGGUAACUUUUCAGACGACUUGGCAUCCCUUCUUCGCCCCCUGGCUCCCCUCUUACGAAAGGAUUUCGUAUGGGAAUGGACUCAACAACACGAAACGGACUUUCAGGCUGCCAGGGCCGCCUUAUCUUCGUCGUCCGUUUCCAAAUUGGCGUUUUACAACCCGGUUCACCCGACGUCCCUCCAUGUUGAUGCUUCUCGUCUGCGCGGAUUAGGCUUCAUCCUCCGUCAGCAGCAGACCAAUGGCAGUUGGAAUGUCGUCCAAGCCGGAUCCCGCUUUCUGUCGGACGCCGAGUCCCGCUACGCCAUGAUUGAACUGGAGUGUUUGGCUGCGGCGUGGGCGAUGCGGAAAUGCCGCUGGACAAUCCCCGGAUUUUGCGCCUUCGCCUUUCCAUGCAGCGAUAUUCUUUCGUCGCGUCGUGGGUUCCUGGAAGAAAUAACGUUAUCCCGUUCUCCUGUUGAUCAGCCUUCUCCAACGGAUGAAAUUGCAGAAGGCCCCCAUUCCGCUUCCGAGCAUGUUCACCUGAUGGGUGUGAUGGAAGGUUCAAGCUCCAGCAAUCCUGAUAUUUUGCUAUCAUCAGUAUCUGCUGCAUCGGCCGUCGAUCCUGUGCUGAUCUCUCUCCGUCACACCAUUCUACAAGGUUUUCCCAACGAUAAAUGCAACCUUCCUUUAGAUCUCCGUCCGUUUUGGCAGGUCCGCAGCCAGCUAUAUAUUGAUGGGGACCUCAUCCUUGUCGGCCCUCGUGUUGUCAUCCCGGUUUCCUUACGUCAAGAAGUUCUCCGGCGGCUCCUUCAGAUGCACCAGGGAGCGACGAAGAUUCGUCAGCGCGCACGUCAAUCGGUGUAUUGGCCGUCCAUAGACAAUGACAUCGUUAUGGCCGUCAGGUCUUGCCCAACAUGCUCCGAGCUUCUCCCUUCCAACCCGUCGGAGCCUCUUCUUCCCCACGAGCCGGCAUCCCGUCCGUUCGAAUUUAUCUUUGCCGACCUUGGCACUUAUCGCGGUCGCGAUUUUUUGAUUGUUGCCGACCAGUUCAGUGGUUGGCCCCAAGUGUACCCCUUUCCAGACACCAACACAUCUACACGCCGAAUCAUCGACGCCCUCCGCUCCUUCUUCACUUGCGGAGCAGGCGCUCCUGUCAAGUUUUGGUCAGACGGUGGCCCGCAGUUCAAGUCGGAUGAGUACCUAACUUUCCUUCGAGAAUGGGACAUCUCCCACGGCCGGUCUUCUCCUCAUCAUCCCAAGUCUAACGGUUAUGCGGAAGCUGCCGUGAAAUCAAUGAAAAAACUCAUUGCAGGAUCCUGGACCUCAGGUUCCUUUGACCUGGACAAGUUUGGGAAGGGCCUCCUCCUCUUCCGUAAUGCUCCCAUUGCUGGAGGCGCAUCCCCUUCUCAGGUGGUUUUUAACCGGCCCACUCGUGAACUAAUCCCCGCUCAUCGUCGUUCGUUUGCGCCCGAAUGGCAGAAGGCUGCCGGAAUUCUCGAAAAACGCGCACUCCGCGCCAAAGAACUUCGUACAAUCCAUUACAACCGCACAACACGCCCACUUCCAGCCCUUCACGUCGGUGAUAACGUCGUCAUUCAGCAUCACCGAUCCAAACGCUGGACAACUCCGGGAGUCAUCGUGGAAGUUGGCGCAUUCAGGGACUAUUUGGUGAAGACCCCCGCUGGUCGGCUUUUCCGUCGUAAUCGACGUUUUCUUCGUUUGCAUUCCCCUACGGCCGUGCCUCAUAGCCCGUCUCCGGCGCCUAAUAGUGUCCAUCCUCCGGUUUCAUCUUCUUCUCCGACGACAGCAGCCCCUCCUGUUCCCGCGUCUCCCGCUGACACAUCACCGGCCGGUCCUCGUCGCUCGACGCGUCUCGCGGCCAAGAAACCGUAA